GCCGCGCGGCCAGAGCGACCCGGAAGUCAAGGGCAGAGAAGGAGGCAGUGCUUCCGGGUCGGAGUGAGGUGACCCCGCUGCGGCGGCGAAGCAGCCAUGGGCGCCCACCUGGGCCGACGCUACCUGGGGGAUGCCUCGGUGGAGCCCGACCCGCUGCACAUGCCCAGCUUCCCGCCCGACUACGGCUUCCCCGAGCGGAAGGAGCGCGUGAUGGUGGCCACGCAGCAGGAGAUGAGUGACGCGCAGCUGACGCUGCAGCAGCGGGACUACUGCGCGCACCACCUCAUCCGCCUGCUCAAGUGCAAGCGUGACAGCUUCCCGAACUUCCUGGCCUGCAGGCACGAGCAGCACGCCUGGGACCACUGCGAGCACCUGGACUACGUGCAGCGCAUGAAGGAGUAUGAGCGGGAGCGGCGGCUGCUGCUGCGGAAGAAGCGGCGGGAGCAGCGGGAGGCGCGGGCGGCCCAGCGCGCGGGCGAGGUAGCCCUGUAGCAUCCACUGCAGGCUCCAAUAAAGUCAGAAAAGUA